ACUUUGAUACCAAUGAUGAAAUUGAGAGCUUUAGGUUUUUGGGGACUGGUGGAAUGGAUGUGAGCUUUGAGGAUGAGAGAAUGUGGAAGCAAUUUAAGGGAGAAAUGAUUGAUCCCACCAAAGAUAAAUCUCAUGAAGGAACUUCAAAGCUAGAAGCAGUGCAAAAAGCUGGUGAUAAUGGUGAGAAUUUGAGUUCCUUUGAGGCUGUUGAAGAAAGAAAUUUGGAGAUGACGAGACGGGAAGAUAAAGAGGUUAAUUCGGCAAGUUUAUCAAACAAAGUUGUGCUUGAACAAUCUGCUUCGAGAGGCGGGAUGGAGUUGGAGAAGAGAUUGUGUACUGAACAAGAGGAUCCCUCAGAGUUUAUUACUCAUAGAGCUAAAGAUUUUCUUUCCAGCAUUAAGGAGAUCGAUAAUCGGUUUCAGAGAGCUUCGGAAUCUGGGAGGGAGAUCUCUAGAAUGCUUGAAGCCAAUAAAAUCAGAGUUGGAUACCUUGAAGAAAACGGAAGUAUAUCCGGUUUUGCUUUUCUCGACCCUUUACGUCGAUUACGACUUGUUUGUUGUCCUGCAAACCUGCCCUCUAUUCUCAUGAAGAAGCUCAUAAGACAAAAGUGAUUACAUGGAAAAGGUCAACAUCAACUCGGUCAUCUUCAUCAAGGAAUCCUCUUGCUGCCAAAGAUGACGAUGACAGUGGAAGUGAGUUUGUAGAAGAGUUCUGUAUGAUCUCUGGAAGUCAUUCCUCUACCUUGGAUCGGCUUUACGCGUGGGAGAGGAAACUCUACGAUGAAGUCAAGGCAAGCGAAUCCAUUAGGAAGGAGUAUGAUCGUAAGUGUGAUCAACUCAGAUAUCUAUUUGCAAAGGAUUACAGUACACAAGUCAUCGACAAAACGAGGGCAGUUGUCAAGGAUCUGCACUCCCGGAUACGAGUUGCAAUUUAUUCUGUUGAUUCAAUAUCAAAACGCAUUGAGAAAAUGAGGGAUGAAGAGAUGCAGCCACAACUUAUUGAGCUCAUUCAGGGGUUGAUCAGGAUGUGGAAGGCGAUGCUUGAAUGUCAUCACUCACAGUACAUAACAAUAUCAUUGGCAUAUCAUUCAAAGAGUACUGCCAUGGGUACACCUCGAGCAGAUGCACAGAGGCAGAUAUCGAUCCAACUUCAACAAGAAAUCGAAUGUUUUGGCCUAAGCUUUGCAAACUGGAUCAACAGCCUUGCAUCGUAUGUUGGUGCUUUGAACGGCUGGCUACAGCAUUGUAUUCAGCCACAGGAUCGUUCAAAGAGCAGAAGGCCAUUCUCUCCUCGCCGUGUCAUUGCCCCACCUAUCUUUGUCCUUUGUCGUGAUUGGUUAAUCGGAAUUGAUGACCUUCCAUCCAAUGAACUCAGCAAUGCCAUCAGAGCCUUCUUGGAGAAUUGAACUGUUCAAUAUCCCAACAAGCUGAACUACAGAGGAAACAGAAGCUUGUCGAAGCAAACACUGGUGAAGAACUAGAAGGGAAGGCCGACGAAAAUGCCACAUUCUCUUCAAAUAUAAGUUGCAUACAUUCAAGUUUAACAAAAGUUCUCGAUCGACUAACGAAAUUUUCUGAGGCCUCACUCAAAAUGUACGAAGAUGUUAGACAGAAAAGCGAGGCCGCACAAUCAACAUAUUUGAAUUAUAAGCCAGUUAGAUAUUAACCAUGUAAUUAAGGGGAAGUACAAAUAUGUCUCAAGUUGGGCUGAGAUGGAAUAUUUGUAUAGUUUUGAGGAAUUUGUUGCAUGAUGAUGAUGCUCAUUUUAUUCUGCUUCCAGAAAUCCUGUUGAUUUCUUGAAAGUCAAAUUCUUUUCUUUCCUUUUUUCUUCAUUAUUGUGAUCUUAGGCAGAAUCUAAUCAAUUUAGGACCAUUGAAUUCUAGGAAAGGCGUUCUAGUUCUAACUAAAGGCCUCAAUAUCUGUUAGGAAUUCCUAUUUGUACAAAGUCAAAGUCCAUAAUCAAAUUCUUGAAUAUGAAUAAUGUAUGUUGAGAAAAAAAAAA